GUUCUCUUUUUCACUCUCGAGUGUGUGAACUGUAUGAACUGUGAAGUUACUCGAAUAAUUGAAGAAAUUCCGUGUUUACAAGUUUACAAUAUUGUUGUACCGAAAUAAAUAAUCGUCUAAUUAAAAAUGGCAAUGCACUCAGCAGUUAAGGGUAAACUUUUGGCCGUGAUCGGAGAUGAAGACACGUGUGUUGGUUUCUUGUUGGGCGGUGUCGGUGAAAUAAACAAACACAGACACUCUAAUUUCAUGGUUGUUGACAAAAAUACAGCAAUAAUUGAUAUUGAAGAAUGUUUCAAAGGAUUUGUCAAACGAGAUGAUAUCGAUAUAAUACUCAUCAACCAAAACGUUGCUGAAAUGAUUCGUCAUGUGAUUGAAGGACAUACACAACCAAUCCCGGCAGUCCUCGAAAUUCCUUCCAAGGAUCACCCGUAUGAUGCUAGUAAAGAUUCAAUUUUGCGUCGUGCCAAGGGAAUGUUCAAUCCAGAGGAUGUAUGAGAAAUCCAUUUACCAAAUUAUUUUAUCAUUUGUUUUUUAUUGUUAGUUUGGUCACUUUUAUUUUAACAUUCCAUUUUAAUUAUUUAUUAUAUAUUCAUAUAUAUCCAGAAAAGUGUUUAUUAAAAAUAUUAUAUUGUUUAUUAAGACAAAACAA